AUGCCGAUGAAACGGGGCCAUGUUUCGGCUCCUCAAAAUACAUUUAUUGAUACAAUUAUACGUAAAUUUGACUCACAAAAUCGCCGGUUUCUUAUAUCCAAUGCUCAAUUGGCUAAUAAACCGAUAAUCUACUGUAAUGAUGCUUUUUGCGAACUAACUGGUUACUCACGUUCAGAUAUUAUUCAAAAGCCUUGUACAUGUGAGUUCUUGUAUGGCAAUGAAACAAAUGACAAAUCGAUUAAACAAAUUCGUCAUGCUCUACAAGGAAGUGAUGAGAAAGAAGUAGAAAUUGUUUUAUAUCGAAAUACUGGUACUAAGUUUCGAUGCUCGGUUUUGAUCGCACCGGUGAAAAAUGAAUCCUGCGAUAUCAUUCUAUUUAUCUUGGAGUUUACUGAAAGUACCGAUCGGAGUCGUCCUCGACGAAUGCCUAAGAUUCGUGAAUACUCGAUUAGUCCGACAAGUGGAAUUCGCAAACGUUCGUGGUUAGAUAUGAUAAAUCCUCUGUCAAGAAAUCGGCCAGUACAGAAGAGCAAUCUCUCAGCUGAUGAUGCAAAUGAAUGUGACACUCCGACUGUCUCCAUUGAAACGCCAGGAUACACAGCUUUGAAUCAUAAAAUGACAACAGCGAUUCAUUUGGAUGAAGUACAUCCUCCAUCAAGCAAACCUUUUCCACUUGAUUAUAAAAUCAGUCAACAGUCAUCGAUCAGUGCGAAUAAUUUACUCAAACCUGAUAGUAAUCCAUGGAAUACCAAUAGUAACGAUGUGGAUUUGAUGAGAAACAAGUCUCAAAGUAUUAGUAACAUCGCUGAAACUGUUAUUAAGAAAGAAACCAAAGAAUCAAACAAAACAAAGCGUUCAUUUUUGCCGAAUAUUCCACAUCAUAUCGCCCAGAUUCUAUCGUUAGGUGAAGAUAUUGUACCUGACUUUCGUCUGCCUGAUAGUCGUCGUAUUCCACGCACAAUUAUUCUUCACUAUUCUCCAUUUAAAGCAACUUGGGACUGGUUUAUUUUAUUGCUUGUUAUCUAUACAGCUAUUGUUACUCCUUACAUUGCGGCAUUUCUAAUGCACGAAGAUGGACCCAAUCGACAACGCUCACGACCAUCACGUGCUCUGAAUGUUAUUGAGCUUAUUGUUGACGUUAUGUUUAUUAUUGAUCUGUUAGUAAAUCUGCGUACGACGUAUGUCAAACGUAAUGAAGAACUAGUCACACGUGCGAGUAAAAUAGCGAAACAUUAUCUCAAAGGAUGGUUUCUUAUCGAUGUCACUGCGGCUAUACCUUUCGAUAUUCUAUUUUCAUUAAUUCAAACGAAAGGCGGUGGCGAAUCGACAGUAUUAAUGGGUUUAUUGAAAACGGCACGUUUAUUGCGAUUAGUGCGUAUUGCUAGAAAACUCGAUCGCUAUUCGGAGUAUGGUAUUGGAGUCCUAAUUCUAUUAACGGCAACAUUUGCACUCAUCGCACACUGGCUUGCUUGCAUUUGGUACGCUAUUGGACGUCUCGAACGAAAUAAUCAUGGCACUGAAAGAAUGAUUGGAUGGUUAGCCGAAUUAGCUAAUCAUACCCAUCAGUAUUAUAACGAUUCAGAUGCAACAUCUGGUCCAACGAAAACGUCCAAAUAUAUCACUGCUCUUUAUUUCACUUUUUCUUCUCUAACAUCAGUCGGUUUUGGUAAUGUGAGUCCAAACACCAAUAGUGAAAAGGGUUUUUCAAUUAUAAUCAUGCUCGUAGGCUGACUACGUAUUACUUGGCUUGAUGAAUUAGCCCGUACAUCAGGCCAAUCAUAUAAUUGUUCGGUAGUACAUUCACCAAACGACACCAUCUCACUACGAACUGAUCCAAACUUAUGUUUUGGCGGACCUAAUCUUCGUUCAAGAUAUAUCACAGCCCUGUAUUUUACAUUUUCGUCAUUAACAUCAGUUGGCUUUGGGAAUGUUAGUCCGAAUACAAACAUGGAAAAAGUCUUUUCCAUAUUUGUUAUGUUAAUCGGAUCUUUGAUGUAUGCCAGUAUUUUCGGUAAUGUCAGUGCUAUUAUUCAAAGAUUAUAUUCGGGUACUGCACGUUACCAAAUUCAAAUGUUACGAGUGAAAGAGUUUAUUCGUUUUCAUCAAAUACCAAAUCCAUUGCGGCAACGUCUCGAAGAUUAUUUCAAUCAUGCCUGGAAUUACACGAAUGGUAUCGAUAUGAAUAUGGUUCUAAAGGGCUUUCCGGAAUGUUUGCAAGCUGAUAUAUGUUUACACUUAAACAGUCAAUUGUUAAAGAAUUGCGCGGCAUUUAAAGAUGCGAGUGAAGGUUGUUUACGAACGUUUUCGAUGAAACUUAAAACAACACACGCACCCCCCGGUGAUAUCAUAACACAUCGUGGAGAUAUUUUAACAUCGAUCUAUUUUAUUUCCCGUGGAUCGAUUGAAAUCCUGAAAGAUGAUAACGUCGUUGCUAUUCUUAGUAAAGAUGAUAUUCUUGGUGAAAACCCGUUGUUAUAUAGUGAACCGGGAAAAUCAGCGUAUAAUGUUCGAGCGUUGACUUAUUGUGAUUUACAUAAGAUCCUACGAGAAGAUUUACUUGAAGUCAUUGAUAUGUAUCCAGAAUUUGCACAAAGUUUCUGUCAAAAUCUGAAAAUUACACUGACUCUACGUGAUGAAGAGCUGGUGACAAAAUCGAAUGAAUGUCGAUCGAAAUAUUUUCCCAGUGCACAACAAUUUCGCGGAAGUACAUCGUGUAAUCGAACCGAAGAUGACAACAUAUCCAUUAUGGCACCACACCAAUCCUACUUCGACGAAUAUCCGAGCGGAACAGGUAAUUUAUCUUUCAUCUUUUCCUCUGAAUCAUCAAGCUUAUAUUCGGAAUUUCAAUCGCAUUUAUUUCGUAAAUUGUACGCGCUAGUGUUUCAUUAG